AUACUCACUAUUCAUUGUUACUUUGUUGGUAAUUCUAUCUUCCGGAAAUCUCUAGAGAAAUGUCAAAAAAACACAAAGGAAGUUGAAUCCCACCCUUUAAUUUUCCUUAUCUCCUUACUAACACACCCAAAAAGCUAGAGAAAACAGAGGGAGAAAGAGCAUGGCUACCACAAUUUCUGCUCUUAAACUUCCCACAGUACCUCCCCGUGCUCGAUCAAAACUUUAUAAUCUUCCCACUCAAAUUCAAACUAAAUUAAACCAUAAUAGUCAAAUUACCCAUCAAAAAAUCAAAGAUGAACAACAACUCGUUCAAACUUUAAAUUCUUACACCCUUCCUCUUUCUACUGUUGCAUUGCCCUUCAUUUUAGAUACCCAGGAUGCAUUGGCAGUUCAAGGUCAAUUUGGGUUGUUGGAAGGUAGAACAGCAGCAUUAGUACACCCAUUAGUAAUGGGUGGUCUUUUCUUGUAUACAUUAUAUGCUGGUUAUCUUGGGUGGCAAUGGAGAAGAAUUAGGACUAUUCAAAAUGAGAUUAAUGAACUUAAGAAGCAAGUUAAGCCUGUUGCUGUUGCAUCUGAUGGUUCUCCUGCUGAUAAACCUGCUCCUCCUUCUCCUAUUGAGACCAAAAUUCAGCAACUUAGUGAGGAGAGGAAAGAAUUACUGAAAGGAAACUUCAGGGACAAACACUUCAAUGCUGGUUCAAUUUUGCUGGGAUUUGGUGUUUUUGAGGCUGUUGGUGGAGGAUUCAACACAUGGUUUAGAACAGGGAAGCUGUUUCCAGGACCCCAUUUAUUUGCCGGAGCAGGUGUGACUACUCUGCUAAAUGCAAAUAUUUCCUCUGUUUUUCUAUUACAGUGCUAUGGGCAGCGGCUGCAGCUCUUGUACCCGCUAUGCAGAAAGGCAAUGAAACAGCUAGAAGUCUUCACAUUGCUCUGAACGCUGUAAAUGUUAUUCUGUUCGUGUGGCAGAUCCCCACCGGAAUUGAGAUCGUGUUCAAAGUGUUUGAAUUCACUAAUUGGCCUUGAAUCGUUUCUAAUCUAGGUGUUGUAUUCUUUGCACGUUCCUCUUGUCUUCAUGAUUUGUAUCAAGUAUAACUUCAAUAACCAAGUCAGUUUUGUUUUGUUUUUCAUAUAUAAAUUGCUUUUUAUGUAUUGUGAAUAGCUUGAUACUUGGAAAUAUGUAUUCUUAUUGAAAUUGUUGUAAAACAUGAGAUUUUUGCAUAAAUGCGAUGGAGAAAGUGUUGCAUUCUA